UUAAUAAUAUUACUAUAUUCAAAAUAGUAUUGCUUUAAAUAACUUUCGAAAGGAUGUCUGCAUAUUUAAAGAAAUUAUCUCUGAAAAAAUCGUUCAGUGCGAUUUUAACAAAAAGAUCGUUACUCCGUAUCAGGACCAAUAAGUUAAAGGGCCGUAACUUGUUUCGUGCCGCAGUGAGAUUAGUUCUCGAAUUUAUAGAAUGGUUAACCGAGGAACCUGUGAUUGAAGAAAUUAUCGACGACAUAACAAUGAAGAUUAAAUUGACUGAAAAAUUGAUUCACAAAAAAGUUGAAAAAAAAGCAUUGACCUUGGAGGAUCGUUCUAUCUUGCUAAUAAAUCCAAUUGAGAGAUCAUUGUCCGAGAAGACUUAUAUUUAUGAAUUAUUCAAAAGAUUACGAAUAUUUCGAAAAUAUCCGGAGGAACAUAGAGAAUUGUUGGCGACUGUAUGCUUUUAUCAGUAUGUACCACGAGACCGUGUAAUCGUUCGUCAAGGUCACAAGGCUUUAAAUCUUUACUUUAUCAUUGACGGGGAGGUCAACCUGACGAGGGUCGUUACCGAUGAUCUUACCGGCGAUACCAAGGAAAUUGAUAUGGGUUCUAUGCAUCAGGGAGACAUAUUUGGUGAAAUUGCUUUGUUACAUAUGAUACCAAGAACAGCUACCAUAGUCACUAAAACCUCGGUAGAUUUAAUACUUAUCAGUCUCGACGAUUUCAAUGAAAUAUUAAAAGAUAAUUUGAUGAAUGAAUGGAAUGUUUUGCAAGACGCUCUAAUUAACUUCAAUUACUUUAAAUCUUGGGACGAAGAAACUAUACGAGAAUGUUGCAUUUUGAGCAAGCUAAAACAUUUCCAAGCCAACGAGGUAUUGUUAGGUGACGGAAAAGGCAUGGUCAAUUAUGUACAUUUUUUAUUGGAAGGUGAAUGUCGUCUGAUAGAACACAUACUCGUUAAAAAGAAACCCACUACCCAAGAAAUGCGAUACGAAUUAUACGAUUCGAAAACUAUAUCGGAAUUAAAACCAAAUGAGAGAAGUAUUGUCACCGGUGAAACUACUAAACAAAAAAAAUCAAAAAUCGAUAAUAAAGUGGACGAUGAUCGGAUCGAAGUAGACACUGACAUAAGUGGUACGAUCAUAGACUAUAGUCAAAUUAUGUUAUCCAAAAAACCAGAUUACAAUGUUGAUCUGGAACGUAUGAGUAUCAUAACAGCCACGCUUCUAGAUGUUGUGAAUGAAUGGCACGAGAUAACGGACGUUGCGGAAAUAUUGAUGCGAGAACCAUCGGUUAUAUUGCGAAGUUAUCCGAAAGACGUUCAUACGAUAUUUAUGCAAGUGUGCAUGUUUUAUAGGGGUGCCUGUUUUGGAAUAGGUGAAAAUAUGUAUAAUCGAAGAAUCGUAUCCGUAACUCCUGUACGAUGUUUCCUUAUUCCACGAUAUUGGCUAAUGGAACAUAAUCAAGCAAACAUUUGGCACAGAGUUAAAUUAUUUAUGGAUUCGAAAUUUUUAAGCAGAGAAGAAUUGUUUAAAGAGUUCGUCAAAAAUAGAAAAUGGAUACAGUAUAAAAGGAAAUUAGUCAAUGACAUCAUUAAAAAAGGUCGACGUUCUCGUAAUUGUGCAACUAUAUACGAUGUACCGUAUUCUAUUAGAAUCACGGAAGAAAUAGAUCCGAAGUUAUAAUUUGUACAUACAAAAAUUAUGACUGGAUGUAACAACUGACACAAUAUGUGAAUGUUUUACGUUUAUUUUAUUUUUAAUUUAUAUUUCUUUAUAUUUUAUAUUAAAA